CUGCCCGCCGCGCCGCUCUCGCGUGAGGGGGCGGCUCCCCAAGAUGGCGGCGCUGUGCGAGAGCUUCACGCUCUGCGGGUUGGGUCCCAGCGGCGGGGUCGGGCUCGGCGGCCUCCUGGCUCUAGAACCGGGUCCGGACCCCGACCACGUCCUCCUCACCGACCGCGGCAGGACGGCCACGCUCUUCAAGGUUUCAGAUCAGAAGCCACUGGGUUGUUGGUCUGUCAAACAUGGGCAGAUUCUCACAUGUCCAGUUGUGUGCAACUUUGAAACUUGUGAAUUCAUAGCUGUUCAUGAUGACAAGGUUUUAAGAAUAUGGAAGAAUAAAGAUAUUAACUUGGACAAAGUAUUUAAAGCAACGCUUUCAGCUGAUGUAUACAGAAUACAUUCCCUACCCAAUGGAGGGCCAGUGGUACUUUUCAAAGGAGGGGGUGUUCGAACUUUAGAUGUCCUUUUGGAAGCCCCUCAGCAAGAAAUUGAAAAUGUUAUCUCAGAUGAAGUCAUCAAGUGGAGUGAAGCUUUCAUGGAAGGUCAACAACCUGUCUUAAUUUUCGCUACUGAGAAAGAUGGGGAUUAUUUUGUCUACAUACAGAAGCCUAAGAUGAAGAGUCUACACAAAUAUAAGCUUGAACAACAGGAAUUAUCCAAGCCACUGAGUUUCACAGCAUAUGUAAAAAAUCAAAGUAUCACACUUCUGUGUUUGUAUUCCAACGACUCUGUAUACAAGGUUCUGAUACCUCUGCAGAAAAACACUGAAGAGGAAGAGCAGAUUUUGUCUAAGUCACUGCUAGUAAACCUUUCAGUAUCUGGAAGUGUUCUGAAAGGAACUUCUUUUGUUGUUCUUGAUAAAGAUCACAUCGCAGUGUUAGGAAGUCUGGAUGCAUCUGGUAAAAAAUCCAAAGAGUGCCUAACAAUAUGGAACACAAAAUUUCAGACAUUGCAGACUUCAAAGCACCUGCCCCUGGGAACCAGUGGACAAUUGUGGUGUCAUGAGGAAAAAUUUUUUUUUACACAUGGGAAAGUGCUAACAGUAAUUAUGUACAAGUGUGAAACAUCAUCCUUGGCAGCUGCUGUGGGAAAGCUCAAGGACAGUCAAGCCCCUGAUUUGUCUUCAUUUGUAAACUGGGAUGCCCUGGGAGAUGAAGAGCUGGUGGUUUCAUUUCAGUCACAGCAACCCCUAGCUCUAAAACCUGAGUCCAAAAUGACAUUAAGGUCAAAAAGUAGCAGUGUGUCUAAAGUACAGCCAGGUACAUUAUCAGCUGGGAAGCUUGCACGAAAUCUACAAGAUGCUUCUCCAGCUGUACUUGAAGAUAGAUUGAAAAAAUUGAUGUCAGAAGCCCAGAUGCCAGAUCUACACGCCAUCGUUGGAUAUGUAGUAACUGCCCUCAUAAACAAAUGUAAAGUUAAUCCAUAUUACUACCCCAAAGAUUUCCUGCUAGAGAUAAUCCAAACCCAAGACUUGUCUUACAGUUUAUGUCCAGAUUUAAUGGCUGUUGCUUUGGAGAAGAAAGAUGUGUAUCUCUUACAGCUCUGCUUACAACGCUUUCCAGAUAUUCCUGAAGAAAUUACUUAUGCUUGCUUGAAAGUGUUUUUAAGCAUGAGUGAAAACCAUCUUAAAAACAUAGAUUUGGAUCUAGACUCUGUCAUCUGUUACAUUGAUAUUGAAUUAAACAACAAAGAAGUUAAGACUGAAAUUGUAGAGAAUGGUUUCAGUACAGAGCUGGAACAAAACAUCUUGGAUACUAAAAUCCCAAAGAAAACCCCUCUGCCAACUGAGGGUGAAUUCUGCCCUGUUGGACUCCGGAAGGCAGCACUGCUAAAUGCUGUUCUGCAUUCAGCUUACAGUGAAACAUUUCUUUUGCCUCAUCUGAAAAACCUGCCAGCCAAGGAAGCUGUUCUGUUUCUGAGGUACUUGUACUACCUGUAUGUGAAAUGCAGUGAAAAAAUUAAUACCACUCUUCCUGGAACACACUCUCCAACUGUAAAUCAGAUCAUGGAUUGGAUGUGCCUGUUGCUUGAUGCACACUUCACAGUUAUGGUGAUGCUACCAGAAGCAAAAGAAUUGCUUUCAAGGCUGCAUAAGUUUGUGAGAGCCCAAGUACGAUUCUACUCUGAACUCAACAAAAUUGAGGAAAGUUUGCGAGAAUUACAAAGACUUAACCACCAGAGAGACUUUCAGACAUAUUCUAUUGAAGUGCUGGAACUUAUUUGAAGUGAAUUUGAAAUUAUUUUUUAUUGAUUCCUUUUAUGAUGAGGAUGUAUUAGCACUCCAUAUUGGGGAUGUGAAAGGUUGUUUUCUACACAGGAGGAGCACAGUCACUCUGUACCCAUGUGGGAGUUGUACAUUUGAAACUUGUGUAUUAAAAGCUCCCUUUUUGACUGGAUAA